AUGUCUCCAAUGUUGGCAAGGGCAGUCCGAUAUAUAACCUCUCUUCAGGAUCACACUGGUUCUGAUUUUCGAGUGUUUGAUAAGCAGAUGAGGAAGCGCGUUACCAUGAUCCAAAGCAUAUCUGCAAUCGUUUAUCUUUCCAAGCUUAAAAAGAAUACUUCAUCACAAGAAAAACUCAAAAAGCUGCGAAGUAUGAUGAGAAAUACUGGGUCGCUGAUCCUUCUGUCCACACUAUAUCCAUCCUUACACAAACUACUUGGCAAGCAACUUCCCCAUAAACGCUUUGUAAUAUGGUGCCUAUCAAUUAUUUCCUCACUAAUGAUGGCUACUAAAGUGCCAAAUUGGUUAGUAUCAUAUGUUACAGUUGAGUCGCUUUCGGAUCGUAUACUGUCUUUUGGGUGUAUUGGACAACCUAUAUCGCAUAUAGCGGAGAGUACGUUAGUAUUGGCUCGACAGGCUAUCCUCUGUGCCAUUAUUCCGAUACUAUACGUUAAGUCGAAUAAACCAUCGAUUGUUUCAGGAGCUGGAAAGGUACUAUUUACUAGAAGAUCGUUUCUCCGUGACUUUGUAAUAUUCUAUUCUGUAUGGAAUUUUUUGUCGCUAUACAAUUAUGGUAAGAGACUACUUUUUAAAGGCAGAAAUAAUAAAGAUGAAAUAUCGAUUAGAAAUGUUUUUCACUACCCAGAUGAGUGGCCAAUACGUUCGUCGAACAUGAAACCGUUGAUGGACAAAUUGACAGAAAUUCAUGAGAUAGCUUUCCAAAAUAGUCGGCCACUUUUUGAUAAAUUCAUGAAUUCUCCCUUAGUCGAAAAUGUCAUUCCAUGUAUAAAAUGGGCAGUAUGGAGACAAGUUUGUUAUAAAUCUUUGACCCAUGUCCCUCAUCAUAAUCAUAAUUCGGCAGUUAAUUCCAAAUUAAUGCAAUCCAUUACUAUGAUGUUGACCUUUUACAUCUUAGACGGUAGAGAAUACAAAAUGAAUGUGAGGCCAGGAGUACUGCGUUACCUGACGCGUUGUAUAUUGAACCGCUACCUAACAAAUUGGAAUAAAGGAGCAUUGAAGGUACAAUUAUUUAUUAUGUCACAAUUAACAUUGCUUAACGAAACCUCAAGCGAGAUCUCGUCGUAG